UAAAUAACCGGAUACGGAUAUUUGUAAUUGUUUCGUUGGAAAUCACGUGAUACCGGUGUCCGUGUUGAUGUAGAUGGUAGAUGAACCGACGCGUCCAUUUUGUGUGUUGUAAAUUUAGUAUUGGUAAUUUUAUAUCGUUGUUACAUUGAGUUAAGAAGGAUUAAAAUAUUGGUAACUGUUUUGUAUAAAUAUUAAUUAUUAUAAUUUAUAAUAUUUACAUUUAGCUAAGUGACGGGACAGAAAGGAUAAACCAUGCCGGGCUUUAGCAGUGCGGGAACUUUCAAAAUAUUCGUUGGAAAUCUCGCAGAGAAAACAGCUAUUUCUGAUAUUAAACCUUUGUUCGAAAAAUACGGAAAAGUAAUUGAAUGCGAUGUAGUCAAGAAUUACGGUUUUGUACAUAUGGAGAACGAGUCGGAAGGUCGUGAGGCUAUACAAAACUUAAAUGGCCAGAUGUUAUCCGGUCAGCCGAUGAAAUGCGAAGCAGCAAAGAGUCGUAAAGGGCCAGGGACUCCAACAACAAAAAUAUUUGUUGGUAAUUUAAAUAAUACAAAAGCGCCAGUGAUACGCGAGUUGUUCAAAAAGUACGGAACGGUUGUUGAAUGCGAUAUUGUACGGAACUACGGGUUUGUACAUCUUGAAUCCUCUGGUGACGUGAAUGAAGCGAUCAAAGAGUUGAACGGAACUAUUGUGGACGGGCAGCCGAUGAAGGUUCAGCUCUCGACGAGUCGCGUACGACAGAAGCCUGGAAUGGGCGAUCCCGAACAAUGUUAUCGGUGUGGUCGUGGCGGUCAUUGGUCAAAGGAGUGUCCCAAAGGUUUGGGUCCUGAUCGUUUCCGCGAUCGUAUGUAUCGUGAUUAUCCACCACCACCUCCUCCGCCUUUCCUGCGCGACCGUAUGAUGGGACGAUUCGGGGAUGCUUAUGAUAGCUAUUACGAUCGGGCUAGAUUCGAUGACUCACAUGACUUAUUUGAACGACGAUAUAAUAUGGGUGGACGUGGAGGAGCAGGUGGAAGAGAUUUCCUUCCACCACCUCCAAUCCCACCAAGACGUGAUCCAUUGCCACCGUUGCCACCAUCAAUGGGAAUGCGCGGUGGACCCAUGAGAGAUUCUUAUUCACGUGGAUCAAGUGAUUAUUCUAUGUUCAGUCGAAGAUCCCCACCAUCAAGCUCAAUGCGAGGAUCUGGAAUGAGCCGCAUGUAUGAGGACUUCAGCAGGGAUUCUUUUGAUGAUCGAAGAGAUUUUUCAUCAUCUUCAAGACGAUAUGCACCAUACUGAAAUAAUUAGCGCCGUUUUAAAUUACGUAAAUAAUAAUUUUAAGUGGUCGAUAAAAAAAAGAAAAAACAUUUAUAAAGAUAGAACAUUUUUUUAAAUUAUUGACGCAAAUUUUUUUUUUU